CAUCAACAAUAUUUAUGUUUCAUGUUUAGCGCAUUCUGUAACUGUCAUGUCAGUUUGUGUCAGUUUCUGCAAGCCUCCAGUUUGACUUGCAGUUUGUUGCAGUUUACAAUUGCUCCAAGGCUCAAUGAGCUCUAAAAUAAGUGAUAAAGUGUAUUUUACCAAAACCAGUUAAAAAAAAUUAAGAGUCAAUAGAACGUAGAACUUUACUUUUCUAAAACUCUUUUUUUUUGACUUAGUGAAUUACACUAAAAUUAGUUCAGUGCAUCUAGGACUGUUUGGACAACUGAAUUUUAUUUUUUUGCUCAUUAUUUAUUAAGUUAUACAUAUUCUUUUAUUUAUUACUAAUUUAUUUAGUAUUAGUUUGUUAAAAAAUAUUGUAAAUUAAAUAUUCACGUUGUAAUUUUUGAUAGAACGCUAUUAUAAAUUAAUUUUGAUUGUCGGUGAUUUUUUGAGGUUAUGUGCGUGCUUGUGUAUAGCGUGUAGACAUAAUUAUUUACAAGCUUAAAAUAUAUAAUUAUUUAAUUAUUAAAUUGUUCAAGUGUUGGUGUAUAUUUAAUCACCAAAAAUAUAUUACAAAUACUUUGUUGAGUAAUAUUUUUAUUUCCUCAAAAAAAAAAAAAGACUCUGUUUUUGUUGAUUAAUCGUUAAUUUUACAUAUCAUUUUGUAAAGUUGUCCUAAGUAGCUCAUUAACUUUAAAAGAAAAUUUUUUAAUUUAUAAAAAUGGAUUUUGUAGAUCAUGAAGCUGAAGAGAGUGAGGAUGAACACGAAUUUAAUUCUAAAAAAAUUAAAAAAUCAAAAAUAAUGGAUGAAAGUGAAGAAGAGGAAGAUGAUGAUGAGGAUAAAAUUCGAGAAGAAUUAAAAGAUUUAAUUGAUGAUGCACCAAUUGAUGAGAGUGAAGGAGAUGACAGUGAUGCUUCUGAUGGUUCAAAAAAAAGAAAAAAGAGUGAUGAUGAUGAUGAUGAGGAUGAUGAUAGACUUGAAGAUGAUGAUUAUGAUCUUCUUGAAGAAAAUUUAGGCUUUACAGUUGAAAGGAAAAGAUUUAAGCGUUUGAAAAAAAUGCAAAAUCGUGAAUCUGAUGAUGAAGAAGAAGCUCAUAAUGGUGAUGAUCGUGAUGCAAUUGCAAAUGAGCUUUUUGAUGGUGAUGAAGAUGAACGUCAAAGUGUACGUAGUCAUCGACAAGAACCAGAAGUAUUUGAUGAAGAUGGAAGUGAAGGAGAUUAUUCAGAUGCUGAUGAUUUUAUUGUUGAUGAUGAGGGAAGACCAAUAGCUGAAAGAAGAAAGAAAAAAAAAGCAAUAUUUGCUGAUGCAGCAUUACAAGAAGCUCAAGAUAUAUUUGGUGUUGAUUUUGAUUUUGAUGAAUUUGACAAAUAUGGUGAAGAUGAUUAUGACGAAGAAGCUGAUGAAGAAGAAGAGGAUGAAUAUAUUGAAGAAGAUGGUGAACAUGAACGUGUUAGACGUCCUAAAAAACAACCGAAAAAAAAAUCAUCACGUAAAAGUAUAUUUGAUGUUUAUGAACCAAGUGAUUUAAAAAGAGGACAUUUUACUGAUUUAGAUAAUGAAAUACGUAUGAAAGAUGUACCAGAACGUAUGCAAUUACGUUCAAUGCCUGUAACAAAAGUUGACGAAGAUUCAGAUGAAUUAGAAUUAGAAUCUGAAUGGAUAUAUAAACAAGCAUUUGAAAAACCAACAAUAUCAAAUCAAGAUUCACAUUUAAAUAUUGAAGCUAAAGAUAGAGAUCGUAAAGGUCCACAAAUAAUUGGUAAAAUUAAAACAGCACUUGAUUUUAUGAGAAAUCAAGAUUUUGAAGUACCAUUUAUUUCAUUUUAUAGAAAAGAAUAUGUUACUGAUUUAAAUAUAAAUGAUCUUUGGAAAAUUUAUAAAUACGAUGCAAAAUGGUGUCAGUUACGUCAAAGAAAAGAAAAUUUAACAAGAUUAUUUGAAAAAAUGAGAGAUUAUCAACUUGAUCAAAUGAUGAAAAAUCCUGAUGCUCCAUUACCAGAUAAUAUUAGAGUUAUAAAAGAUGAUGAUAUUGAACGUUUAAAAAAUGUUCAAACAAAUGAAGAAUUAAAUGAUGUUCAUCAACAUUUUAUGUUGUAUUAUAGUCAUGAUAUUCCAGCAAUGCAAGAAUCAGUAAGACAAAAAGAAAAAGAACAAAAAAAACAAGAAAAAAUACAAAAAAGACAACAAGCAAUAUUAGAAGCUGAAGAAAAUGGUGAAGAACCACCACCAGAAGAUCCUCUUGAUGCUGAUGAUAAUGAAGAACAAGGUGAAACAUUAAAACAAGCAAUUCGUACUGGACCAUAUAUAUUAUGUAGAAAAGCUGGUCUUGAUUCAUUUGCUAAAAAAUUUGGUUUAACACCAGAACAUUUUGCUGAAAAUUUACGUGAUAAUUAUCAACGUCAUGAAGUUGAUCAAGAACCAAUUGAGCCACUUAUUGUUGCUCAAGAUUAUCUUGGUCCAGCAUUUAGUAAUCCAGAAGAAGUUCUUAAAGCUGUACAACUUAUGGUUGCAAUACAAUUAGCUCGUGAGCCACUUGUAAGAAAAAAUGUUAGAGAAAUGUAUAUGGAACGUGCUAAAAUAUCUGUUAAACCAACAAAAAUUGGAUUAAAAAUGAUUGAUGAAGCACAUCCAAUAUAUACAAUGAAAUAUCUUAGAGAUAAACCAGUACGUGAUUUAACUGGUGAUCAAUUUUUAAAAUUAUCUGUUGCUGAAGAAGAUAAAUUAAUAACAAUAACAUUAAGUGAUAUUAUUGAUGGUUUAACAAGUAAUAAUUAUGUUAAUGAAAUAAAACAAUUAUAUAUUAGAGAUGAAUUUAGUAAAAAUGUACAAGAUUGGAAUAAUUUAAGAGUUGGAAGUGUUGAAAAAGCUUUAAAUGAAAUGGUUAUUCCAAGUUUAAAAAAAGAAUUAAAAACAACAUUAAUUGCUGAAGCAAAAGAUUCAGUUAUGAAAGCUUGUUGUAGAAAAUUAUAUAAUUGGAUUAAAAUAGCACCAUAUACAUGUGAAUGUCCUGAUUUAGAUGAUGAUGAAUGGGAUACAAGUAAAGGUUUAAGAAUAAUGGCUAUUUCAUAUGUACCAGAUUAUACACAAGCAGCAUUUAUGUGUAUUAUAUCACCAGAUGGUGAAUGUACAGAUUAUUUAAGACUUCCAAAUUUAUUAAAAAGAGAAAAUAGCUUUAGAAAAGAUGAAAAAAAAUUAAAAGAAGCUGAUCUUUUAUCAAUUAGAAAUUUUAUGUCAAAUAAAAAACCACAUGGUGUUGUUAUUGGUGGUGAAUCAAGAGAAGCACUUAUGAUUGCUGCUGAUAUAACAAAAUGUAUUGCAACACUUGCUGAAGAUGAAGGUUUUCCACCAAUUAAAGUUGAAAUAUGUGAUAAUCAUCUUGCUAAAGUAUAUGCUAAUAGUAAUAAAGGAAUGACGGAAUUUCGUGAUUAUCCAGAAUUAUUACGUGAAGCAAUAUCACUUGCACGACGUUUACAAGAUCCACUUGUUGAAUUUUCACAACUUUGUACACCUGAUGAAGAAAUUUUAUGUUUACGUUAUCAUCCUUUACAAAAUUAUUUAGCAAAAGAAGAGUUGUUAGAAAAUUUAUAUCUUGAAUUUGUAAAUCGUGUUAAUGAAGUUGGUGUUGAUAUUAACAAAGCUGUACAACAAUCAUAUUCUGGUAAUUUAUUACAAUUUGUAUGUGGUUUAGGACCAAGAAAAGCUGCAGCAUUUAUUAAAAUGCUUAAACAAUCAAAUCAUCGUCUUGAAAAUCGUACACAGUUAGUUACAUUUUGUCAUAUGGGUCCAAAAUUAUUUAUAAAUUGUGCUGGUUUUAUUAAAAUUGAUACAAAUAGUCUUGGUGAUAGUACAGAGGCAUAUGUUGAAGUAUUAGAUGGUUCACGUGUACAUCCUGAAACUUAUGAAUGGGCAAGAAAAAUGGCUGUUGAUGCACUUGAAUAUAAUGAUGAAGAUGCAGCUGGUGCAUUAGAAGAAAUAUUAAAUGCACCAAAAAGACUAAAAGAUCUUGAUCUUGAUGCAUUUGCUGAAGAAUUAGAACGUCAAGGUUUUGGUAAUAAAUGUGUUACACUUUAUGAUAUUAGAUCUGAAUUAAAUUGUCGUUAUAAAGAUCUUCGUACACCAUAUCAAUCACCAAGUCCAGAAAAAUUAUUUGAUAUAUUAACAAAAGAAACACCAGAAACAUUUUACAUUGGUAAAAGAAUUGAGGCUGUUGUUAUUGGUAUUAGUAGAAGAAGACCACAAGGUGAACAAUUAGAUGAAACAACACCAGUUAAAAAUGAUAAUACUGGUCUUUGGCAAUGUCCAUUUUGUCUUAAAAAAGAUUUUUCUGAAUUAUCUGAUGUAUGGAAUCAUUUUGAUAAUGGUUCAUGUCCAGGAAAAGCUAUUGGUAUAAAGCUUAAAUUAGAUAAUGGUAUAUCUGGUUUUAUACAUAUUAAAAAUUUAUCAGAUAAACAUGUUACUGAUCCAGAAGAACGUGUUAGAAUUGGACAAACAGUACAUUGUCGUAUUAUUAAAAUUGAAGUUGAUAGAUUUAGUGUUGAUUGUACAAGUAAAAGUAAUGAUCUUAUGGAUGUUAAUCAUGAAUGGCGUCCACAAAAAGAUCCAUUUUAUGAUAAUGAACAAGAACAAAAAGAUUUAGCAUAUGAUGAAAAUGGAAAAAAGAAAAAAAAUACACAAACUUAUCUUACAAGAGUUAUAACAAAUAGUUAUUUUAAAAAUAUUGAUUAUUCAGAAGCUGAAAAAAUUAUGAAACAUGAAGAUACAAAACAAGGUGAUGCUAUUAUACGUCCAAGUCGUAAAGGUACUGAUCAUUUAACAGUAACAUGGAAAGUAACUGAUGGAAUAUUUCAACAUAUUGAUGUUAAAGAAGAAGAUAAACCAAAUGAUUUUUCAUUAGGUAAAAGAUUGUAUAUUAAAUCAAUUCAAUUUGAUGAUCUUGAUGAAAUUAUUGCAAAUUAUAUUAAUCCAAUGGCAUCAAAUGUUAUGGAAAUACUUGAUUAUAAAUAUUAUAAACCAGAUGUACUUGGUGAUAAAUUAAAAGCUGAAGAAAUAUUAAAAAUUCAAAAACAUGAUAAUCCAAAUAGUAUACCAUACAUUGUAUCAGCAUCAAAAAAAGCACCUGGUAAUUUUUUAUUAUCAUAUUUACCACGUGUACAAGUUAAACAUGAAUAUAUACAAGUAACACCAGCUGAUUUUCAGUAUCGUUUUAAAAAAUUUAAAUCAUUUAAUGCAUUAAUUAAUUGGUUUAAAUUAAAUUUCCGUGAAGCAAUACCUGGUCAAGCAACACCAAGUACAUCAAGAACACCAUAUCAUACAACACCAGGUAUGCCAAGUGGUAUGAAUCAUCAAGAAGAAGCUAUUCAUCGUGUUGCACAAAAUUUACCACAUCAUAUGUUACAUUCAUUAUCACAAGUUGCUAAUCAUACACCACAUCAUUAUCCACCACAUACACCUAGUGCUGUAACUGGUGCUAGUGGUUAUGGUAAUGCAUAUCCACCAACAACACCAUAUACACCAUCUGGUCAAACACCAUUUAUGACACCUUAUCAAACACCACAUCAUGCUCAACCAACACCACGUUAUGGUCAACAAACACCAAAUAAUCAUUCAUUUGCACAUCCACCUGCACCUAGUCAUCGUCGUAGUUCACAUCAUCAUGGUAAAUCAUCAUCUUCCAAUGAUCAAGAUAAUACAGACUGGGAAAAAGCUGCAGUUGCAUGGGCAAGUCAAGUAUCAGCACCACGUGGAUCAAAUACAACACCGCGUUAUGAAGAAUCAAGAAAAACACCAAGAAGUUAUCAUGAAUUUAGUAGUGGUAGACAAACACCAAGAAGCUCUGGUCCAUCUGCACGUACACCAGCUUAUAAAUCACCAAGAGGUACACCUCAUACUAAUUCAAGUCCUCGAAGUAUGUCAUUGUCUGGUGAUGGUACACCAUUGUACGAUGAAAGUUGAUAAAAUCAAUUUAAUUAAUUAAUAGCUAAUAAUUAUUAUUAUUAGUUAGUACUAAUUAAUAUUAAUAAAAUAAUAAUAAAAAUUAAUUAAUUCAUC